UCAUUUGAAAAUGACCAGAUGAGGCAUAAGAUAUUUUUACCUGAAAAAAGGAUUUUUCAAUUCCUACUGCAAGACGGACUUUAAUUAAGACAUUUCGACUUCCAUCUAUUUUUGGGGGGAAUUCAUAUUUGCCUACAGACUCAAAGAAACAUGUUGCAUAUCCUUGCACUCCAGUCGGCGGUGUUACUUUUUGCAGUUGCCGACUGUCGAGUCUUAGAGGGACUGCAGAGAUAUUCCUCCCUCCCCACGUACUUGCCUGUCAACUACCAGGUGCUGAACGCGGACUUGGCGUUCUUCCUGAAGGAAGCCAACCAGGACUUCAUGAGGAACUCCAGCCUGAUGUCCCGGACUGAGCCCUUCUUUAUCUACCAGGCCAGGAGUUUGCCCUCAAUGAACACCAGCUACGGGCCUCUCUCCGUGGAGCAGCAGGUCCCCUUGGAGCUCCUACAGAGCCCGGGGACGUUUCCCGCCUCUUCUGUUUUCACCUUCAACUGGAAGGUCCAGACCUUCAUCAUGGACACCAGGAUUCACCUGGCCAAGCCCAGGGUCCAGGUGCUGUUUUACGUCGCAGGCAGGGACUGGGACGACUACAGCGCCAUCGACAAGCUGCCCUGCGUGCACAUGUUUGCCUUCCACGAAACCCAGGAGGUGCGCGGCACGUGCCAGCUCAAGGGCGGGCUGGGGCUGUGCGUGGCCGAGCUGGAGCCCCUGGCCAGCUGGUUCAGCCCGCCCAGCGUAGUGCCGGGACGCCAGAGGAACCUCGAAGCGUCCGAGGGCACGGCGGUGGAGCUCUACUACACGCUGCAGUCCACGGACGCAGGGGAGUGCCACUCGGAGGAGGCCAGGAAGGACACCUUCGUCCGCUCGAGCCAGGAAGGGCUGUUCGGCUCCUACACCUCCACGCCGCUGCGCAGGAUUGGCGGCGUGAGGCUCUACCAGAAUCCCCCCGCGCCGCCCCUCGCCGCGCACAGGCUCGACAACAACUUUAUGGUCAUGGUGCCGGCCGCGCCCGUCAGACAGAGGGAAACCGUCUCUGCCUUCAUCACCGCGUCGGCCGACUCUCCCGUGGAGAUGUUUACUCUCAGAGUGAAAUUAAAAGAAGGACUGACGUUUCUUGGGGCUCGUCCCAGCAAUCCCACCCAGUGGAUAGUUAGUCAGGACGUGAGGAGCGAAGGCCACCGAGUGGUGACUCUGCACUGCCGCAGGAAGGAGUCCGGCUACGAUCAGCAAAGGUAUGACACAGGAGUUCAGAGGGUGCUCCAGGUAGAUCUGAAGAUGGAAAUCUUCCCCGAGCCGCUGGGCAGCCGCUGGAUGGCCUGGCAGGUGGAGUACCCUCCCAGUCGCACCGCCACACAGGAGGCGGAAACGGAGAUCCAACUGGCGCAGGAGGACCUGGCGGGCAUCGUGCCGCUGGCCAUGGAUUCAGAGAUUCUGAACACCGCCGUGCUGACUGGCAAGACGGUGGCCGUCCCUGUGAAAGUGGUGACCAUCGGGGUGGACACAUCUGUCACAGAUGUGUCCGAAGCAGUCAAGUGUCGCACCACAGACGAAGAUGUGGUGAAGGUGUCGGACCGGUGCGACUAUGUGUUUGUGAAUGGCAAGGAGAUGAAGGGCAAGGUGAAGAUGACGGUGAACUUCACCUACGGACACCUGAGUGCUCAGCUGGAGCUCAACGUGUGGAUCCCUCGGCUGCCGCUCCAGAUCGAGGUAUCGGACACGGAGCUGAGCCAAAUCAGAGGGUGGAGGGUCCCCAUCCUGACCCCCAGUCAGAGGUCCACACGGGACAGCGAGGAUGAGGAUGAUGAAGACAGAAGAGGGCGAAGCUGCACUCUUCAGUACCAACAUGCCAUGGUCAGGGUCCUAACGCAUUUUGUAGCCGAGUCAGCUGACCCCCGAGGCCAAACCAGCUUCAUGCUGGGCACUGAUUGGCAGCUGGACAUCACGGAGCUGGUGUGGGACUUCCUGAAAGUAGAGGACCCGAAGAUUGCAAAGCUGCUGGACCGGAGGAUACUGGUGGGACUGGACACGGGGAUGACGACAAUCCAGGUGUUGUCUCCUCUGUCGGACUCCAUCUUGGCAGAGAAGACCAUCACUGUGGUGGAUGACAAAGUGACCAUCACAGAGCUGGGGGUCCAGCUGGUGACGGGCCUUUCUCUGAGCCUUCAGCUCAGUGCGGGAAGCAACAGAGCCAUCCUGGCCACCACAACCACACAGGAGAUCCUGCAGAGCCCCAAACAGGAAGCCUUGAUCAGCGCCUGGCUGCAGUUCAGCGACGGCUCCGUGGCUCCUCUAGACCUGUACGAUGCCGACUUCUUUGUCCUGACGGCCACCUCCCUAGAUGAGGAGAUAGUGACGGUGCAGCAGAACCCCUCGUGGAAGUGGCCUGUCAUCGUGACGGAAGCGGAGGGCCAAGGCCUGCUCGUCAGGGUCGAAAUGACAGUUUGCGAGGUCUGCCAGAAGUUCAAGCGCCGCAGCAUCCUGGCGGCGGGGAACUGCAACGUCCGGGUGAGGUUCGGGCACGGUGACACCUCAAGGGGAGGGAGCAGCGACUACGGCCCCGAUGGAGACGACCUCGAGAACAGAGGCCGGCUCUCGCCGCCCCAGGACCGAACCGGCCCCGACGCUCACUACUACGGCAGCUCCGUCUCCGAAAUGGAGGACGGGGUGUUGAGGAGAGCCACCACCGCCAGAAGCGCAAUAAUGCGCAGACCCAAUGGGGGUAAACUUUCGGAUGACGGCGGGCAGAAAAUGCCAAUUGACUUCGCCGACUUCCCUGCGCAAGUGGACCUGCCCCGCGGCCGCAACAUGGACGACGACCUCAUUCAGACCGCUCGCGGGCUCACGGACCUGGAGAUCGGGAUGUACGCCCUGCUGGGGGUCUUUUGCCUCGCCAUCCUGGUCUUUCUCAUCAACUGCAUUUCAUACACGCUGAAGUACCGGCACAAGGAGCUCUCGAUCGAGGGCCAGGAGAACAUGAACCACGCCCACGAUUGGGUGUGGCUGGGGAACGAGGCCGAGCUGCUGGAGAGCCAGGUCAGCCUGUCGCCCCAGCAGGAGGAGCAGACCUCCAUGAUGGACUCGAGCGGCGGCCUGGAGGAGGGCAGCCACUUGCUGAACGGCAGCUCGGCCCAGAAGAACGUGCAGGGCCAAGUGCACCGCGGCGCCGACACCGGGUGCGUCGCCAAGGACGGCAAAGGAGAAUCGCCCACCACCAAGAGGAAGCGAGUCAAGUUCACCACGUUCACCACCAUCCCCUCGGACAGCAGCUACGCCGCCGUUAACACGCUGACCGGGAGCCGCGGCCAGGACAUCAAGUGGGUUUGCCAAGACGCCGUGCUUGGAGACUCAAAGGAAUUGCGCAAUUACAUGGAAAGGUUAAAUGAGAGCGCUUUAAAUGAGGUGGCAUAAUGUACAGUGUGCACUUGUAACGAACUCACCCUUAUGCCUUUCAGAGGAAAGUGGGUCUGAACAGGAACCGGACCCGCAAACUGCCAAAGGGUCGUUUAAUAUUAGAAGAUUGUUCCACAAGUGACUGAUAAUCACUAAUGAAGAAAAUGACAAUGAAUUAGUAAGUCAGGUGGUUCUUUUUUUUCUUCGUUUGUUUAUCAAAUGAUUACCUUUUUAUCUUCAUUUGAUUAUUACAGGGUUUAGAUUAGAAUAAUCCCAGGACUAUGUAAUAAUUAAACAUGUAGAUUUUAAAACAACCAGUAACAUGUCUAGAUAGAUGUUAAGAAUGUGAGUGCACAUUAAAUGGUUUUGGAAGUUUUGUAACAUUUGGAUAUUAAUUUCUCACGCCAGAUGGAUAGUGUGUGGAAGAGUUCUGGAGAGACCAAAGCAAGCAACCGGAAAUGUCUGCAUGUCGAUGGUAAAGAAGAAAAAAAAAAGGCAUUGCUCUCUGGUUCUUGAUCAUCUUCCUUAACGUGGCAGAAAACAAAAUAUAUAUAUAUAUAUAUAUACAAUUUAUAUAUAUAUAGAACAGUCUCCACAGCAUUGUAUUGUUGCUCUGUAUAUUGUAUUUUUCAUAACAUUUAAGAAAUACACAACGAUGUCAAGAGCGUGUAUCAGCUUUUAUUGACCGCAGCAUCAUUAGGCCUUAUCAACUCUCGAGCCCUAAGGUCAGCUGAGGAAUGUGGUUGAGGAAGAGCAGCCAAUUACACCUUCAUUCUUUGCAUCCGCAGAGCUUUAUAAGUAGAAUUUACCCACAAGCCACAAAACAAUCUGCUCCUCUAUAAUGCUGGUCGGUGGAGGAAGGCAGCACCCAUUAAUGCUCAGUCGGUACCCUAACACGACAGCCAGAGACUAAAUGUGUGUGGACCGGUGCCCCACUCCCCCCCCCAAGUUUAAAGCAAAGUGGCCGUUGAGUAAAAUACCAAUUAAGGUCCCGUUAACCUCAGUCCUGUAGCUCGCUGAAGGACAAACUGGGAUGAAAUGUGCUCUCCAUCUCUCAGGUACAGUGGUGAGAAGAAGAGGGAUAAUUACAUGCAAUGUAGGAAAUGUUCCCUUUUUUGGAAAUGGAUAUUCAAGUAUUUAGAUAAUUGGUCAAAUAAUAAUCAUUUCCCCCAAAAAAAACUCCUAAACAAGGGCAGUCGACUGAAAAAUUGCAUUUUGCUCAGUGAAUGUUAUUAUCGGCACACUGCUGUUGGCUGAUUGCAUUUUUUUUGUUAUUAUUUUCCAUCAAGCAGGGAAAUGUUCACAUUAUGUUAACUGUUGCUGCGGUUUGGGUCGGAUUGUUAAUCAGCGGUCUGCCUGAGAGAAGCGAGGUGAGAUAGUCAUGGAAAUGCCAGCACUACCUUGAGUGUAAUUAUGGGAUGUCGUUUAGAUUAGGUGAGUUAUGUCAGCACUGCAUGCAGCGCCUCCAGACACCUGUUAAGAAAGUUCAGUGGCUUUUCUACUUUUAUUUAAUUUGUUUAAGCAGCCGGUCGAACUAUUCUCUUUUCUUCUUCCGUGAAGCUGCUAUCGAUCCACUGCAUGCCGCACAACUGACUUCCCACGACAUGAAACCUAUUUAUUUAAAACAAGCAAUGAAAGGUAAGUAAAUAGCUGGGGGAGUAACGGGAAAUGUGCUCAUUUUUACCAUUUUCUUUUUGUUAAAGAUGUGAACCUUCCUCUUCUAUUUGAGUUAAAUGUGGAGCAGGAAAUUCCCUCUAGCUGAGAUGAGCACGAAGACUGGAAACAAGGAGGAACAGCUUGCAUGGCUCUGCUCUGCUACACUUCCAAAGCUCACUAAUUCAUUCUCUGCAACAUGUUUCAUUCAAACUGUAUAAACACCGAAGAGCAAAAGAAUUCUCAGAGAACCAUUUGACAUAAACUGCAAGCCAAAUGCGUAAUUCAAGUGUGUUGACUACCGAUCCUCUUGAGGAUCGACACAUUUGUUACCUUUUACACAACUGUUUGCUAAGUGAGCUUCCUGUUUAGCAAACUAAUAUAAUAAAUGGUGAUACCAUUUCUUAUACUGAGUUUAGUUGAGGUGAAACUCAACUCUCACACACACAGACACACACACACAGACGUUUCUGCUGUCCUGUUGUCUGUUUUUGCUGCGUGAUGCUCCUGCGGCCCUGCGGGGGACUGCAGGGGACUGAAGCGAGUCCGCGUUGCUCAGCCUGGUGGACUGUGAAGGGCGAGCUGGUGCAGGUCUAGGAGGGAUUUAACUGUCAGCCACAAGGGCCAUGAUUGAUGGAGGGCCCCGUGUAAUUAAAAAAAAAAAACCCAAAAAACAACAAAAAAAAACUGCGACUCUCUGUCCUUGACCGUCGUCGGUGGCUUCGGCGUCUUCAGGUGGGAGAAGAGCAGCGCAGCCCAUUAAAGACCGACCGCCUCCAACCUCCGGGGCUCCGGCUGAAGACUUUGUGUUCACAACCUGCUGAGAUGCGGCACAAGGCGGCGUAACGAUUUUUCGCUCGCCUCCGUUCUCCGAGCCUGGUGACUCCGACUCAUCUGAGCUGGCCUUGAUGUCUUGACUUCCUUGAGAGGAGAAGAAAAGCCUUCCCCGGGCCUCCGUCUUAAAUGGAUUUUUAAUUAAAUUGAUGAUGUGAGACCAACAAACUCACACUAAUGGUUGGCAGUGCUCCCCGUGGUCCUAAUGUGCCAGGUCUCUAUUUGCAAUUUCCAAAUGAUUAUUCGCGGCUUGAUUCAUGUUGCUUGCUGUGAAUAUUUUUUUUUUUUUUUUUUUUUGCAAUCGCUUGGUAGUAUUUUUCGCAGCGACUAAACGCGCGCAGACAAGCAGUGGCAGAGGAACGGCGAGGUCAUCUCGACCUUCCUGUCUGACCGAUGUUUUUCAUAGACGGAGCCGUAGGGAACCAAAGACAACAGCGUACGCAAACAACACCCCGGUGCCCAAUCUGUGUUUAUGUAAACACACCAUCUCCCACCUGACCGGUGCACCACAGGGGGAAGACCACCACACACACACACACACACAAGUACACAGAAACUUGUCUCACUUACCUUGUAAAUGCUCUUCAAUCACUGCCUGGUCUCCUCACCUCACACCCGACCAAAAGCUUGAUUAGAACUUUUCAAGAAAAGGUUGAUACUCAUUUUGUAGCUUUCUUUAGUUCUCUCAACAAAGGGCACAAAAAGAUUAAAAACCCUACGGUAUGUUUGUCGUUGGCUGGUUUGUCGCUCGAUGCUUUAGGGCCGUCAGUGGCAGAUUAAGAUCUAAAUCAACAGAAUUAAUGAAAAACAACUGUAAUGUCAUUUAAACAGCUGGGCUCAUACAGGAGAUAAUAAAGCAGCUGUUGGGGACUAUUUUUAGCUUUAGACGGAUACAUAUUUUGUGCUCCGGAUUUAUAAAACCGAGACGAUGUUAAUGUUCAUCAUAAUAAAGAAAAACUUCA